CACCCCUUUCUUUGAGCCCCUGCCUACACAGUUUUAUUGACAGGUCUUUUGACUUUGGAAAUGAAAAUUCAAAGGAAGGAUUGCAUUUUCUUUUUGAUUUUUGACAUGCCUUAUGCCUGACCAUGCGAAAAUGAUAAUGCAAACGGAAGCAAUGCCAUUGCAUUUGAUUUAUGUCACCCUUGUGCCACAAAAACAUGAAUAUGAAAUGCCAUUUCAAAAAUAGUUUUUCAUUUUCAUGUAAAUUAUGACAGGGUUGUGUUGUAGUGGGAGAGAAAUUGAAUAUGAAAUGGAUUUUGCAUUUAAAUUUUAAAAUUGUCAGAACGUGCAUGCAAAACACAAAGCGCGCUCUUGGAAUUUCAUUUCUGAAUUAUGUAAUUGUUUUUCUGCACAUCCAAUGAAACCGAAAUUUAUUUGAAUUUAUUAUUUGUUUCAUUUUUACAUUCUCCUAAUUACGUACAUUUCUUCUUAUCAUUGUGCUGUUUUAUUAUUAUUUUUACAUUUCUCAGUUUUUUUUAAUUUCCUUUUUGUAAUUGCAAAUUCUUUAUUAUUAUUAUUAUUAUUAUUAUUAUUAUUAUUAUUAUUGUUACUUAAACAAAAGAGAUAUUUGCGCUAUUGCCACCAGCCGAGUUCCGGUCAGUGGCCAUCUUGGCAGGAUUCUACACUUUCGACCAUCAAAGGACUAUGGGGGAUACCUACAAUUUGGUGCAUCAGAAACUUUUUUUUUUGUUAUCCGUAUGUGCCAUGUAACCUGUCUGCCUCGCCGCGUGAUUGCUGUGGUCAUAGGAGCUAGAUUUUUAUAUUUGCUUAAGUGCAAUAUGCAGAUACAGACGCGCAUCAUCCUGUCACAGCCAUCUAAAAUAAUUGGGUCAUAAAAUAAUUGGCUCCGCACCCCCUGUUCUGAUACCCAGGCUCGGCCACUGAUGCAGGUCUGAAACCCUAAACUGAGGGCGAGGCGGGAUUCAAUCCUUCAACCGGAGGUUUACCAGUCUGUGACAGUCUCUUUUACACGGCCAUGGAUUUCUUCGCUGCUGUGAAUUACAUCGAUUUAACUAAACGAUUGCAUUGAAUUAAUAAAGACAUCAAGGAAUUGAGAAACACAAAGCUGAAUUGAACAAAAAUGCAAACCUGCUCGUGUUCGGCAUCUCUUCAGAAAGAGCUUUCUUCCACUUGCUAUAAGAAAAUGUUCUGCACACCUAUGAGCAGCAGUAUGAUGCAGGCAGGAGUCUGUCUGAGACAGGACACUGAGACAACACUACCAGAGCUCACUGAGAAGCACAGGAUCAGACAGAAAGAAGAGGAACUCAGUGGACUGGAGCCUGUCCACAUGGCAGAGACAGGGUGUGCUGCUCCAGGACUCAACACACUGGAGCCAGAGAGUGUUACAGCACACAGUGGGGUCAGUGAUGUACACCACACACACACAUCACUGAUUAAAAUAGAAAUAGAAACUGAUCUGGACUGCACCCACACUGGGGAUCUUAAGACAGAGAGCCAAGUCUUUACACUUGAAAAGGAAACCCAUCUGCAUCCUGACCAAAUCAAAACAGAGGCUGAUAAUGGAAGAUGCCUUCAGGCUGAACACAUAAGUGACUCACAGGAUAUUAAAUGUUUUGACAUUAAAUGUGAUCAAUUUAAGUGUGAAUCCAGUGAAGGUUUAGUGAGCGAUGUCAUGAAUACUGUGAUGACAGGAGCUGGUGUUGAUCACAAAGAGCAGGCUGAACCAUGGCAGUGUGCAGGAGAGCUGAACCCAAAUUGUAAAACAGAAGAAACUCAUGAUCUGAUGACCCAAAGUGAGGACUUGUAUCGUCACUGUGACAUAAGCAAUGAAAAUAAUCGGACCAGAAUUGUCCAGAAAAGCACAAACCGUAGCAAGCCAUACAAAUGCACACAGUGUGAGAAGUGUUUUAGUACAAGUUCAGCUUUAAAUAAACACCUUAGCAUUCAUACUGGUGAAAAGCCAUACAAGGGUACACAAUGUGAAAAGUAUUUUAAUAGGAAAUCUAAUUUAGAUACACACCACAGAAUUCAUUCAGUUGAAAAGCCAUACAGUUGCAUUCAAUGUGGGAAAUGCUUUUCCAAAAUAUCUAAUUUACGUAUCCACCAGAGAAUUCAUACAGGUGAAAAGCCAUACAAGUGUACCCUGUGUGAGAAGUCUUUUAGUACAAAUGCAGCUUUAACUAAACACCUGAGAUCUCAUACAGGUGAAAGGCCGUACAAAUGUCUUCAGUGUGGGAAGUGCUUUUCUAAAAUAUCUAGUUUAAGUAGCCACCAGAGAAUUCAUACAGGUGAAAGGCCAUACAGGUGUACACAGUGUGAUAAGUCUUUCAGUGCAAGUGCAGCUUUAACUAAACACCUGAGAAUACAUACAGGUGAAAGGCCCUAUUUAUGUCUUCAGUGUGGAAAGUGCUUUUACGAAACAUCUCAAUUAAAUUGUCACCAGCGAAUUCAUACAGGUGAGAAGCCGUACAAAUGUACACAGUGUGAAAAAUGUUUUAUUAGAAAAUCUCAUUUAGAAAGACAUCUGAGAAGUCAUUCGGGUGAAAAGCCAUACAGUUGUCUUCAAUGCAGGAAAUGCUUUUCCACAAUGUCUAAUUUAAGUACCCACCAGAGAAUUCAUACAGGUGAAAAGCCCUACAAGUGUACACAGUGUGAGAAGUGUUUUAGGACAAAAUCUUAUUUAGAUAUACACCAGAGGAUUCAUACUGGUGAAAAGCCAUACAAGUGUACACAGUGUGAGAAGUGUUUUAAUAGAAAAUCUUAUUUAGAUAUACACCAGAUAAUUCAUACAGGUGAAAAACCCUACCAAUGUCCUCAGUGUGGGAAGUGUUUUUCCCAGAAAUCUAAUUUACGUAGCCACCAGAAAAUUCAUACAGGUGAAAAGCAUGUAUUUAGUUUUUAAAUUAAUUUUUUUUUACAUUACUCUCUUCAAAUUCAUGCCAUGAAUUUUAUUUGUGUACCACUUGUUAUAGAGACACUGUCAAAAAGGUGCUCUACAGAGAGGUGGGGGGAAGGAAAAUUUGGCAAAAACCAGGCCUUAAACUCCCAAAAGAGAGCAAGUGAGAUUAAAAAUAACUUCCCAGAGGGAAGAGAAAUACUCAAACAGUGGUGAGACAAAACUCCCCAAUCGGAAGAAAUCAUGAGAGGAGGCUGGCUAUAGAAGGGGAGCCCGUCCUCUGCUGGCUGGCCUUAGUAAAGACAGAAUGAAUGGUAACGAAAAUGAAAUAAGGGAUCAGUCAGAGCAGUUAGGUAAAUGGGUUGGGCAGGUGGCUGUCUGAUGUUUUAAACUAGCUGGUGAGAUGGAAAGUACAAGUUAAGAGAUGUAUAAUAUGUAGUUCAGAGGGGUGGGGCGAUGCACCUACGCUGUGUCAUGGAGUGAGCUUGAACCAGAAGAGGGAUUUGGCUGGAGGGGUCCGUGACUGCUGGUGGGGGAAGAGCAGAAGCUGUUUCAAGUUUGGUUGAAAAAGAAACAAUGUGAAAACUGUUUGGAUAUACUGUAGAAAUAUUGUAAUGUGCUUUCCCACUUGUAUUCUGAAAAUGUAGAGGCUGUAAUUUGUACACUGAACAAAAAUGUAAAUGCAACACUUAUUUUUGCAGGCAUUUUUAACGCACUUAAAUAAUACCUCAAACAUUUGUACUAUGUGCACAAAAUGUUUCCCACGAAUUUGUUUAUAUCACUGUUGGCUAGCAUUUCUCCUUUGUCAGAAUAAUCAAUUUCCUGCACAGGAGUGGCAUAUCAAGAUGCUGAUUAAAAGCCAUGAUCACUACACAGGUGUUCCUUAUGAUGGGGUCAAUAGAGGGCCACCCUAAAAUGUUGAGUUUUUUGUUGUUCAACACCAUGUCACAGAUGCCUCAAGAGUUAAGAGAUCAUGCAGUUGGCAUUCUGACUGCAGGAACGUCCUGUAGAGCUGUUGCCAGAGAAAUAGAUGUUCAUUUCCCCACCAUAAGCUGCCUCCAGUGUCGUUUCAGAGAUUUUGGAAGUUUGUCCAACAGGCCUCAGACCAUGUGUGACCACGCCAGCCCAGGACCGCCACAUCCAACUUCUUCACCUGCGGGAUCGUCUGAGGCCAGCCACACGGACAGCUGAUGAAACAGUUGGUUUACAAAAAUGUAGAAUUUCUGCACAAACUGUCAGAAAUCGCCUCAGGGAAGCUCAUCUGCGUGCUCGACGUCCUCACCGGGGUCUUGAUUUGUCUGCAUUUUGGCGUAAAAAUCGACGUGAGUGGGCAAGAGCUCACCUUCGAUGGCCACUUCUUCCAUGUUCUCCCAGUUCUUCCGUGGCCUGUAUAUUCACCAGACAUGUCACCUAUUGAGUUUGGGAUGCUCUGGACCGGCGCAUACGUCAGCGUGUUCCAGUUCCCACUAAUAUCCAACAACUUCGUACAGCUAUUGAAGAGGAGUGGGACAAUAUUCCACAGGCUACAAUCAACAAUUUGAUCAAUUCAAUGUGAAGGAGAUGCGUUGCAUGAGGCAAUUGGUGGUCACACAAGAUACUGAUCGGUAUUCUGUUCAUUUCGUGGUAUCUUCUUUUUGGGGAAUAUGUGACUAACAAAAGAAUAUCUGUAUCCCACAUGAAAUCAAUAUAUAUGUGCUUAAUGAAUCUAUUUCAGUUGACUUAUUUACGUUUAUUACUUUUGAACUCAUUAAAAUCUUCGAAAUUGAUAAGUGUUGCAUUUAUAUUUUUGUUCAGUAUAGGUCAGCUAAAGCUUAUAAUAUAGUUUACGAUAUCAGGUGAGGAUCAUUGUUUCACUUUAUUGUUCAAUGUUGAAUGUAAAUUGCGUAUGACAUAAUUAUACAUAGUGAAUGUGCACAUACAAAGCAUUUAUGCAUUGUGAAUUUCUGUAUAAACUCUUGUCCUUCACUG